AUGGCGCUCAAUCAGGUCCAAGGGUACAAUCUUUAUAUCGGCGGUGUGCUCGCUCUCAGGAACAAGGCCGCGUUGCACGCCGCCAACAUCACUCAUGUCGUAUCUGUGUUGCGCAUGAAGCCUGACGAGCACCUGACUGAUCCUUUUGAAAAUCUCAAAAUCGAAGUCGACGAUGUGGAAGAUGAAGAUCUACUGCAGCAUUUCCAAGAGUCCAACGCCUUUAUCCAGUCGGCUCUGGAUAAAGGCGCCAGCGUAUUGAUUCACUGUGCGAUGGGAAAGUCUCGUUCUGUGGCUGUAUGCAUCGCCUAUCUUAUGAAUCGCCAACCAAAAGGACUAAAUCCAGAUACGACCCUCAAAUUGAUUCGAAAAAGUCGUCCUAUCGCCGAGCCCAAUGAAGGCUUUAUGAACCAAUUAUGGCUCUAUCAUGAGAUGGGAUGCCCUGACGACGUGGUGAAUCACCCGUCGUACAUCCGAUGGCUAUCAAACCGUCAAAUCGAGCUUAGCACCGCCUGUGGAAAGGCUCCGGAGAUGAACGUAGUGCGUUUCGAAGAUGAAUUGCCAUCUCGGGAAAGCGCGUCAGACGAGCGGCCGAUUGAAGUUAGAUGCCGCAAAUGCAGACGCAUGCUUGCCACGGCCCCAUUCAUCAAUCCUCAUGCCAAAGAAGAUGUCCUUGCAUCCAAAUCCAACACCUCACGGGACCUAGACUGCGCCCAUAUUUUCUUGCAUCCCCUAACGUGGAUGCGACCAUCCCUCUUCCCCGGCUCGGCUUCAGAAAAGACCCCUGCAAAUUCUCCCUCACCGGACGCUGACGCCCCGCUGUCAGGUCGACUGGUGUGUCCAAACCCUAAAUGUGAGGCUAAUGUAGGAAAAUUCGCCUGGCAGGGAUUGCAAUGUAGCUGUGGUAAAUGGGUCGUACCGGCCAUAGGCGUGGCUCGUGCUCGAGUUGACAUUGUCGAUAAGUCCGUUGCAAAGACGACCUCGACUGCAGCCACAGACAACGCGAAGCUUGGGGGUAUGGGCAUUCGCUUGCCGCCUCACAUGCGUGCUGCAGAGUCUCAGAGGAAUAACCUCUGA